AUGCCUGGCGACAGAGAGGACGAGAUUUGUCAAAAAGCACUAGAACUACUGUCUGAUCUGUGCUCUAAAGGGGAAGUACAGAAUGAGAACUGUCUGGAUUUCAUUUACCAUUUCCGUGACCUCGCCAGACCACGCUACACGGACUCAGAUGUGUCAGUGAGCCUGCUGUCCCUGGUGGUGACAGCCUGUGGCCUGGCCCUGUUCGGGGUCUCAAUCUUCGUCUCCUGGAAGCUCUGCUGGAUCCCAUGGAGGGAGCGUGGCCCAUCCCCCAGCAUCAAGGCGCCCACCCAUGGGCACCACGAUUCCCCCAUGGCACCUUUACAACCCUACGUCCCAGCCAGGGAGUCAGUCUACGCGGCCGUCGACCCCCCCGUCCCCGCCCUCGACCGCCGUGAGUCACAUCGCUGCUCCAUUGUCCCUGUGGCGUCUGGGACAGUGACGGGGCCGGUGACCCCCGUAUCACCGCCCCCCAUAGCGGCGAUCAUUCCCAUCCCAGAGGCGGCCAUGAAGAUUAGCCACACAUCUCCAGACAUCCCCCUGGAAACCCAGAGUAAAGGCCGCGAGAACGGGAUCCACACCAACCAUCGUACGCAGAGGCAGACCACUGAGCCCUCACCCUACGUCCGGUCAAUGUCUAUACACACAGAGAUUGGGUCUAACUCAAUUCGUAGAUUAUCCGUAAACAGGUCCAACCCGGACUUUAACGUGGCCCAGUUCCAGAGACAGGACUCUCUGACUGGGAUGGGCCUGGGUCUGGGCCGUCUCAAACCAGAGCUUUACAAGCAGCGCUCCCUGGAAGGGGAUGAGGGGGGCCGGCGGGGCGGAGGCUGUGGACGCCUACACUUCAUUCUCAAGUUCGACUGUGACUUGGAGCAACUAAUCGUCAAGAUCCACAAGGCGCAGGAUCUCCCCGCCAAGGAUUUAUUGGGCACCUCGGACCCCUACGUCAAGAUCUACCUACUACCGGACCGGCAGACCAAGCACCAGACCAAGGUUCACCGCAAGACACUCAACCCUGUGUUCGAUGAAGUAUUCCUGUUUCCCGUGGAGUACGCUGAGCUGCCAACGCGCAAGCUGCACUUCAGUGUCUACGACUUUGAUCGCUUCUCGCGCCAUGAUAUCAUCGGCCAGGUGGUGGUGGACAACUUCCUGGAUCUGGUGGACUUCCCUGCAGAGACAAAGCUUUGCCGGGACAUCCAGUACGUCUCCACGGAUAAUGUGGAUCUGGGAGACCUGAUGUUCUCUCUGUGCUACCUGCCCACCGCCGGCAGACUGACCAUCACCAUGAUCAAGGCCAGGAACCUUAAGGCCAUGGACAUCACUGGGGCAUCAGACCCGUAUGUGAAGGUCUCUCUAAUGUGUGAUGGUCGGAGAUUAAAAAAGAGGAAAACCUCAACUAAGAGGAACACUCUGAACCCUGUCUACAAUGAAGCCAUAGUCUUUGAUGUCCCACCAGAGAACAUUGACCAGAUCGGCCUUAUGAUCGCAGUCAUGGACUACGACCGUGUAGGCCAUAAUGAGGUCAUCGGGGUGUGUAAAGUGGGCACCGAUGCAGAGCACCUGGGCCGAGACCACUGGAGCGAAAUGCUGUCGUACCCACGAAAACCCAUCGCCCACUGGCACCCGCUCAUAGAGUACCAAGGCACCACAGGUGGGAGCCAGGCAGGGUCCUGUAAUUCUCUGAAGACUCCUCCGUCUCCGUAAACCCGUAAGCUUAACCGCGGGUCCCUCCUGGAAUACUACCACAAGGAGAAGAGCCAGGCGGUCCAGCCCAACCGUAGGAACACCGUCCUGCUUGGUGGUCGACAUACUGUUAUACUUCACGACCGUGUGCGGUCGAUCUCAUGGUUAUCAGAGACCAAUCAUUGUCAGCUCUGUGUCUCUGGGACAGGGCGUUUGCAUGGGGAGUUGGAUUGAUUCAGUUGCAUGUUGAGUGGCCACAUAAUACGGUUGUUGUCUUCUUUAUUCAGUUCUAAAAAGAAAAUGGAUGACAAAAACAAACCGGAGGUUUUAACAGUUUGGUCUAAGCCUGAGUUUGAAGUAACCGUUUUAUACAUUAGUCUUGCUCUACCUGUUUUUAAUGGGGUGUGUCUGUAUUGCACAGUGUACUUAAAAACAACCAGUCGAACUGACAUACAUAUUUCAUUUGGAAACGGUGCAUGAGGUCAUGGUCUUUGGUGGAAUAUCUUCUCCUCAGUUUCUUUCGGUUUCUGUUCUUGGAAUAUAAUGUUCUGUCGGAUGAUCACAUGACAUGUGCAGUGGCAAUUCAUUUCUUAGACUUAGUACCUGUACGUAAAAAUGUCCUUUCAAUUGUUAUCAAUAAAUAUUUAUUAAUAAAAACACAGCUGGGUGGUCAAUGUUAUAAUCCUCAUCUGUUGCUAGGACAACUACAGAUUGUCUUGAGGCGAUAAAAGGCAUGCGUGUGAGUCUAAGUGUUUUCUGAGAGAUGGAGAUGGGGUCUAGUCAUUUGUUUUGUACCUUGUCGAAGACCAGUUGUUUAUUUUUGCAAAUUACAAAUCCAAUCAAUGAGAUUGCAGCCGAGUGGAUUACCAUGACAGGAAGAAACGCCUGUAUUUGUGAGAAGGUUACUAAUGAAUCCACAUAGAAACCAAUGCCAAAUGAACAUCUACUCGGAACAUUCACAGAUGAUUUAUCAUUAUGGUUUAGAAUAAUCUGGACACAUGCCUAGUUGCUAACUACUGUUUCACUUUAUCAGCUGGGUUCAGUGAAUAAUACUGUUGCUAUGCAUACCUCUUGGGGAUACAUGUACUUGUACAUUUGAGGCUUUGACAGAAUAUUGAUUCCACUGUUUCCUACAGUGUCAUACAGGCUCGUCAAUUCUAGAUCAAGCUGAUUGGCUAUCGAACCAUGUGUCUCCUCAUUGCGUAGGCUGCAUGUGCUGGGGCUAAAUUGGUCCUCCGUUGCUCUCCAUGGAUUAGCUGCCUCCACCGUUGCUCUCCAUGGAUUAGCUGCCUCCACCGUUGCUCUCCAUGGAUUAGCUGCCUCCACCGUUGCUCUCCAUGGAUUAGCUGCCUCCACCGUUGCUCUCCAUGGAUUAGCUGCCUCCACCGUUGCUCUCCAUGGAUUAGCUGCCUCCAGUGAUGAUGAGCUGUGAUUUGUCACUGUCAGAGAGAGUGUUUUCAAUCAGACAUGCCUGCCCCUCACAAAGUGCCAGAAAUCAGAGUGUGAGGAAGUUGUACCUACUCCAUAUGCUGUUCUCAGGUCAAUUUAGCAUGUUCCUCCUAAUGGUAAAGUUAUUAGAUUAUGAGGGUAAACUGAUCCUAGAUCUGUGCCUACUACCCGCAGCACUAGAAGUGUGGUGUUCUAUUCUAAUCAAUUGUACCUUGUGUAUUGAGCCAGUUUAUCAGAUAUACUUUAGAUCAGAAGAGGUCUACCGUGACUGUCUGUUGAAUAUCCAUGUUUCAUUAUCUGAUGCUUUUAGUGAUUAAUGACUUUGCAUGUUGAACUCUACCUGAAUGAUGGCGCCAUUGUAUUGACUAGUCAUGGGAAUCAUGUAACAUUUGUUGUACUCUGGACUUUUAACAUUUCUGGAAAUCACUCUUAUGGCUACUGUGAAGGUUAACCACAUUUACCAGCACUACUUCAUAGCUCCAUACACAUCUAUAACAAGCCAACAUUGUGUACGUUUUGAAUAUGACAAGAGAGAACAUUAGGAACUGGAGCCAUCCAUUUCUUUUUUUGCUGAGUAUGUCAUCAGCCGUGGUGUAAAGUAUUUAAGUACAAUAAUAAUUGAAAUUGAAAUUACUACUUAAGCAGUUUUCUUUUGGUAUCUGUACUUUACUAUUACUUCACUACAUUCCAUAAGAAAAUAAUGUACUUUUUACUUUUUACUCCAUACAUUUUCCCUGACACCCAAAAUACUCAUUACACCCAAAAUACUCAUUACAUUUUGAGUGCUUUGCUGGACAGGAAAACAGUCUAAUUCACUCACUUAUCUAGAGAACCUCACUGGCCAUCCCUACUGCCUCUGAUCUGGCAGACUCACUAAACAUACAUGCUUGGUUUGUUAAUUAUGUCUGAGUGUUGGAUUGUGCACUGGCUAUCCGUAAAUA